AAUUAGAAUCUAAGAUAAACAGAAAGGAAAAAGGAAAAGAAAAGGGCAGGGCCUUCAUUGUGCAGGUAGUCGCCGUCGUACAGCAGCGGAGAGAGAGGCGGAGAUAGAGAGAAUGGGAGAGAGAAGAUGAACAAUUGAACCGCCAAUCUUUAAAGAAAGAAAAAAAAAAAACGGAUGCGAACUUCAAGGUUUCUCAUCCCAUUAGAUUCUCUCUCUCUCGGUCUCUUUUUUCUUCUCAUUGUUCGGAGAUCGUGUACAUUCUCCAUUUCGCCUCUCCCUAUAGCGUUUUCCGAUGAAUUCGUCUCAUUUCUCUGGAAAUUUUUAAUAUUUUCCAACAUUUCCUCUUCGCAUUUUAAAUUUUUUGAAGAUUUUCCCUCAAAGGCAUCUCUUUCCAAUUUGGAUCCAAUAACAGCAGAAGAACACAAAUCUAUCAACUCUAUCAAACCAAAAUCAAGAAAAAUGCCAUUAAAAACUUUUAUUCGGGAAUUUGGAAAUAUAUCAAAUAAAAGUCCAGGGAGGAAAGAUAACCAUAGGCGUGGACGAUCCCAUAUUGCACCAGAAGCUGCUUCUUCUUCUUCUUCUUCUUCUUCUUCAUCUUCUUCUUCUACGUUAUCAUUAGCUGGUUCUUCAACUCCAAUCAUCGAGCAAGGGCAAUGGGCAAAUUUGCCUCCGGAAUUACUUUUAGAUAUAAUACAAAGAGUGGAAACAAAGGAAAUAUGUUGGCCAGGAAGGAGAGAUGUGGUUGCUUGUGCUUCCGUUUGUAAGUCGUGGAGGGAAAUUACUAAAGAAAUUGUUAAAACACCGGAGCAAUGUGGCUUAUUUACUUUCCCCAUAUCUUUAAAGCAGCCUGGACCAAGGGAUGCCCCCAUUCAAUGCUUUAUUAGGAGGGAAAGAGAAACUUCAACAUAUCGAUUGCAUCUGGGUCUCAGUCCUGCUUUGUCUGGUGAUUUGAGUAAACAGUUGUUGGUAGCGAAGAGAGUUAGAAGGGCUACCUGCACUGAUUUUUUGAUAUAUUUAAAGGGGGAUGAUUUCUCAAAAUCAAGCAACGAUUAUAUUGGAAAACUUAGGUCUAAUUUCCUGGGAUCCAAGUUCAACAUUUUCGAGAGCCAACCUCAAUAUGAUUCUACUGCACAAUCCAGUCCUCGAUCACGUUGGAAAACUUACUUGAAGUCGGUGCCUCCGAAGGUCCCUACGAUUAGCUUGAACACUGCCAGUAUAUCUUAUGAGCUCAAUGUUCUUCGCACCAAAGGUCCAAGGAGAUUGAAGUGUAUUAUGUACUCGAUCCCAGUCUCCUCGCUCGAAGAAGGAGGAACUGCUCGAACACCAACGGCAUUCGCAAAUUGCCCUGAUGAGGAUCCUUCUCCACCGGUAGAUUCCAAAGGAAAGAAGCCACGCAUGGGAUUCAACUCAACUGUCUGUGGAAAGCCUCCAAAAUCAGUGCAAAGUACAGCAUUAGCUUUGAAAAAUAAAGCUCCUAGAUGGCAUGAACAGUUGCAGUGUUGGUGCCUAAAUUUUAAAGGACGAGUUACCGUUGCUUCUGUAAAGAAUUUCCAGUUGGUGGCCGCUGCAGAGCCGGGCCAUAACAUUGCAGUAGCAGAACAAGACAAAGUGAUCCUGCAAUUCGGGAAGAUUGGCAAGGACAUUUUCACCAUGGAUUAUCGUUACCCACUCUCUGCUUUCCAAGCCUUUGCAAUCUGCUUGAGCAGCUUCGGUACAAAACCGGUUUGUGAAUGACAAUCCCUCUUAUUCCCUCUACUUAUGUGCAUGAUCAUGCUAGUAUUUCACAACAAUUUGGUUGUACAUAAUUCUCUCCGGAAGCACUUUAGCUUUUGCCAUUUUCAUCGGCAACCACUUUUGUUUCUCUGCACAUACUAAGUAAUGAAGGCUGUACACAUGUAUUCUAUGUUUAGCAUCUAUCUAUUUUCAAACUGCAAGCUCCAGGCUCUCCCACUGAGCAAGUUGCUUCAUACAUUCCACGACUUAUGUUUUA